AUGUUAUCUCGCUGGUUAAUCCCACGUGGAUCUACUCGAUGGAUGUGUUUUCGUCGAUCUUAUGCGACGGAUGGGGAGCGUGCAAUCGAAGAAAUUCUACGCAAUCGAUUCAAAACCGCUCGUCUCAUUCAUGUGGCCGAUGUGAGCGGUGGCUGCGGUGCCAUGUACCAGAUUGAAGUGGAAUCUGAAGAAUUUCGAAACAUGUCUGUGCUCGCACAGCAUCGGGCGGUCAAACAGGCAUUGAAGGAACAAAUCAAAGAUAUGCACGGCCUAACUAUUUCCACGAAAUCUUGA